UGCAGGCAGAGUGCCUCCAGCAACUGCCCGUUGGCUCUGCCUUCCCUUCCCUUUCCCCAUGCUGCUGUGCUUGCUGCCCCCCACUUCUCCGAAUCAGCAGAGGUUUCUCCACCGCUUGUCUCCCAAGCAGAUGACUUCUGUUCAUUCAGCUGCUUCUGCUCAUCCAUCCUUUCGCUGGCAUCCCUUGCAUCCAGCUCACGUAACCGUAUUCCGAUAGAAAGUCGCCGUGUGGCUCCUGCGCGCCGAUUAACGCAGUCAGGGACGCCGCGACCCACUUUUGUGGAUUGAGCUUGGAGUUUGUGGUGUGCAGUCGAGGACGGGAGGGCCCUUGGAGACGUCGAACAUCUCGCUGCUAGAUCACGUGAUAACUGCAGGCAGGUGAAAAGCUGCCCUGCUCUUCCGAGCUUUUUCCACUUGUCCAACUCCGACUGUUUCAAUACCGCGCUUCGGAACGGUUGUAGGUGUGUUGCAGCCACGCAUAAUUUCUUAGCGUUCCCCAAGUCCUUUCCUUUGCUUCCAACAGCUAGUACGACCGCCGGCAAAGUGUCGGCUGACGUUUAGUUCCUUAGUCGAAGCUGAAAUGCCAAAGAGCUCUGGCAUCAGACCUCUACUUGGCUCGUCAAACGUCAGAGCAUAGGCUUCUAGGCGUCGUAUUCCUUUGCUAGCGCGCGAAGCAGCAGCAAGUGUCGGAUGGAGGAGAGUGACGAUAACAGCAGCACGAGGGAGGGACGAGUGAGCGGCGCAAAGAAGCAUCGUAGCCCGCCUGAUGCUGAAGGCGGUCACACGGGAUCACAGACACCGGCAGCUAGCGACGGCUAUGCGUCGGACACCGGGCCUGAGGCCCAUGCUAGUACUGGCGGUAGAGGCGCGGCAGGAGGCGGUAGAGGCGCGGCAGGAGGCGGUACCUCCAGCAACCCUACCAAGGAAAGGAAGAAGGGAAUCCCGUGGUCGGAGGAGGAGCACCGGCUGUUCCUGAUGGGGCUGUGCAAGCUGGGGAAGGGCGACUGGCGCGGCAUCGCGCGCAGCUACGUGCUCACGCGCACGCCCACGCAGGUGGCGAGCCACGCGCAGAAGUACUUCAACCGCCAGACCAACCUCAACAAGCGCAAGCGCCGCUCCAGCCUCUUCGACAUCAACACCGACUCUCUCGUCGGCGACGCCAUGGACAUGGCUCGCUCCAGAAGCACGCCCACUCUUCCCCUCGCGACUGACGACGCCAAGCAUGACGCCAAGUACAGCGCCAGCGUCGUUCCCAGCCAACCGCCCAGCGACGCGAAUGAUCCCCCCUCGCCCGCAUCGUCUCCCAAGCUUCCCUCCAAGCUCCCCGCGGUCACCGCAUCACCCCAGCGGGCCUAUCUGCAGCACGCGUCGCUGCUGGACCUCAAUCGCUCGCACUCCUACCCCGUCGUGCCUGGCGCCGACGAAUCCCGCCUCCCUCCCUCUCUCAGCCGCCCGAUGUCCCUCCCGUCGCUCACUCCCGCCAACCCCGCUGUAAAUAAACCCGCGGGUACUAGGCUCCCCCCAGCUGACGUCAUUUAUCCGUGGUGCUUGCCUGGCGUCGCGGACCCGUGGGGUGGCUACCCUACAGGGGGCCCGUCUUGGCCUCCGCCUCCUGGCCAUGCGGGCCGUCCAGAUGCGGUGUAUCCCGCGAUGAUGAUGAUGGAUCCGGCGGUGCGGCACAGGAUGGGGUACGAGAUGAUGCUGCGCAUGGGCGACGAGAGGCGGCAGCGUAUGCACGCCGCAUCCCGCGCAGCAGGUGAAGGAUUGGCGGACCUUGAUGCGGAUGCCGACGCGGAAGCGGAUGUGGAUGCGGCUAUGGUGCAAGGCGCUGAAAAGAGGUUCAAGGUGGUGAGUGAGGGGAGCAAGGGCGCGGAGGGUGGUGUAUAUAUAGAAGGCCUUUCGUCCAAGGAUGUCGCUGGUACGUUCAAUUCAGCUGAAAUAAUGGCUCCGAGUAUAGGACCUAACAAGGGUACGCUGGAAUGUGAAGGUGGUGCUGAGGGUGGAGGGCUUGGCGCGCUUAAUGAAACAGCAACAACUUCUGCCGCUGAAGCUCCUGAGAAGAAGUUUCCUCCCCAUUUCCCCCCUCAUGCGUUCUACCCAUCCACGUACCACUCCUUCCCUGAUCCCCCCUUCCUGUACAUGUGGCCUCCCUACCCUCCCCCUCCUCCUCCUCCUCAUCCUCUGAGCCUGGGGUCUACCUGGCAGCCACAGCCCCCUAGUGGCACUUGCAGCAGUCCAGAGGGGAGCAGCCGAGUGCUUCGGCCCACAGCCAUGCUGGCUACAGCUCCUCUCGACGUGCCUGUGACUGUCAAGGAGAGAGCUGAGGGUGUUGUAGCGAAGCAGAGGGAUGAUGGGCAAGCGGAGUCUGAUUUCAGGAGGGCAAAGGAGGGGCUGAGGUUUGGCAUCGAUAUGUCUUCUGACGUGUGUUCUUCCAAGCCCUUCUCAGCGCUCACUCUCAGUUCUGCUCCAGAGGUAGCUGAUGUUCCGCUCCGGACGACGCCAACCACUCUUCAGCUCUUUGAUGCGUCGCGCCCAUCAGCCUUCCAGCUCCAGUCGAGUCCCUACAAGGAAAGGUCACAACCUCGUGGUGCUGGGGGUGUUGGCCAUGCUACCAUAAGCGUCUCCUAGGACCCCCCAGGCUGCAUUCUCCUGGAUUCGAGCUGCGUUUUCUCUGUUUUCGUGUGGAUUGUGUACAUAGUGUAAACAAUUCUUGCUCUAUGCUUUGUGGAUUUCAGCUCUACAUUUGAUUUGCAUUGUAUAUUCCGUAUAUCAUUAUUCUUAUGUAUGCUGUAAAAAAUUAGUUUGGGGUCU